AUGAAGGAACUUAUCGAUGUUUUGUACUACGACCACAUUCUGUACAAACUAGCGAACCUGUACACAUUAGAAGACACUAGCAAUGAAAUAGCUCAGUACCAAAAGAUUGCACAGAAGCUUCUGGUGAAGCUCCGCUCAGACAAGGUGGUUUUUGAUGCUGAAAUAGGACUGAAAUUUGCAUAUAUAAAGCUUUUCGAUCUUCACUUGUCCUUUCCAAAGUGCACAGGCAGACUCCAUGUUUCUUGUUGCCAGAAGCACUACUGGCAAUUUCUUAGUACCUCCUUCGACUACCUUACAAAAAUAAUGGCAGAAUAUUCUUCUCUGAAGGAAUGUAAUACAUUCAACCGCCUUCUCUACAGUGUAGUGGAAAUGGCUUUUGCCAGCUCUCCUACGUUGGAUCAGUUUGAAGCCCUAAAUAGAGACGAGGGCUCUAGCCCGAUGAAGCCGUAUCUUACUCAGCGUGGAAUUAAGGCCGAAACCGAGGAGGACUUUAGUUCCGAGAAGGAGAAGCUUCUUAAGACCCUUAAAAUCAAGCCCAAGGACGAGAACGAUCUUUUCAACAAGACAUUUCAAUGCAUAAUGGACGAGCUCAAGAAGACAUUUCUGUCCUUCGAUGUUCCCCUUCUCGAGUUCUUUGCCACUAGCGAAGUGAUCCAACUAAAAGAGCUUUAUCCCAAUGCAUUUGAAGGCUUCGAAGGUAUCCCUGUAUCGUCAAAGAGUUACAAGGAGGAAAUAUUGAAGGAGUACCUAGAUUUAAGGAAUUCUCUCAGCAAGACUAGAAGUGCAUUCAUAAAUCCCAAAAACAAAGGGGAAAAAGUAGUCUGGGGAUCCGAUGCAAAUCCCUCCGAGAGGUAA